GAGGAAUCGUUUGAACAACCAGUAGAAAAAGAAUUAAAGGAUGAUGUAAUAUAUGGUUCGUUAUUUGGCUCUUGUUCAGCAUGUAUGACUUGUAAAAAGAGACACGAAAGAUGUUUAAGACCUUCUGAGGGACAAAUUUGCACAAAUUGUGAAAAACGCAACCGUGACUGUAUUCCCGUUCCAGGGAACAAACGUGGACCAAAGCCACGCGGACUUAGAUCUAGGUCAGCCAAUUUCCAACCUUAUCCCAAUAUUAACUCUUAUGGAACUACCGAAAUAUUUCAAAAUACAUUUGUUAAUCAAUCUCUCUUAUCAUAUUACUCUUUCGUUCACGAUGAAUCAAUGCCAAACCACGAACAAAAUAUCGCAUUUUCUCCUAAUUCUUUUUCCACUAGUCAUUCAAACGAUACCUUUUUCGAAGCUCCACAUUCUUAUAACGAACAAAAUUCUUUUUCUAGUUAUUUAAGCGAUUCCGUCGGAAUUUCACUCCCUUAUAAUAAUGUUAUUAAUCCUUCUCUCAACAUUAACCCUUUUGAUAUUACUGAAACAUUCCAAAAUACAUCUAUUAAUCAAUCUCCCUCUUUAUCAUC